AUGGUUACAUCACCAUCUCUAAAGAAGAUCAGAAUUUCCAGGCCCUUGAUCCUUGAUUUAUCCUUGAGUGACACUCAGUAUGUGCAACAGUCCAACGAUUUCGCAUUCCAGCUGUACAAACAUGUAAGUGCACAGGCGCGUGACGGAAAUGUGGUGUUUUCUCCGCUUUCGAUCAGUGCCUGCCUAUCACUGGCCGCCAUGGGAGCCGGUGGACAAACGGCUGAAGAAAUGUUUAGCGGAUUGCGCUACGGAAAAUCCAAUCAGAAGCAGCAAGUUGCCGACUGGUACGGACGACUCAUGGAGCACCUGGCCAAUGAUACAUCUAUUUCUCUGGCCAACAAGCUGUACGUCAAAGAGGGAUCCAAAGUGAAACGUUCCUUCCAAGAGGUGGCCACCACCAGUUUCCAAUCGGAGGUCCAGGAGCUCAAUUUCGCUCAGAGUCAGAUCGUCGCCAAAACCAUCAACGAUUGGGUGGAAAGUAAGACGAACAACAAAAUCAAGGAUCUUAUCACGUCCGAUGCGUUGGAUGCGCUCACCCGUAUGGUGCUUGUCAAUGCGGUUCAUUUUCACGCGAAAUGGAAACAUCAGUUCGAACCAUUCGAUACCCACUCGAUGCCGUUCUGGUUCAGUGAUACAGAGUCACGAGAUGUGUCGACAAUGUACAUUCAGGAGGAUUUUGCGUUCAAAAGCUUUGCGGCUGAAGAAUUCUCGGCUCUUGAGCUAUCCUACAGUGACAGUAACGUGACGAUGCUGGUGCUGUUGCCUAACAAUCGCGAUGGAUUAGCAUCAUUGGAGGAGAGACUUCCGAGUAUUGACCUAAUCGAUCUUCGAAAUCAACUGAAAAUAAGCGAAGUCAAAGUAUAUCUCCCCAAAUUCAAAAUCGAUUUCUCGCUCGAUCUUAAGGACGUUCUGACAACACUUGGCAUGGGACGAAUGUUCAGUGGCGAAGCUGAGUUUCCUGGUUUGCUGGAGUCUGAUGGAGUUCUUAAAGUUUCAAAGGCCGUUCAUAAAGCAUUCAUCGAAGUGAAUGAAGAAGGUAUCGAGGCAGCAGCCGCUACAGGAAUCCGAUUGUUGCUGCACUCGGGCUGGCACUCACUGCAACCGGUAGUGGAGUUCAAGGCAGAUCAUCCAUUUAUAUAUGUCCUGAUGUCUCAGGAUAAGGGAGUCUAUUUCAUAGGGAAAGUGACGAACCCAAAUUUCCUGCCAGAAUGGCCUCCUAACAGGUUUGGGACUCGUAGUGUGACCAACCAAUUGACCGAUUCAGACGAGUUUGUGCAAAAGUCCAACGAGUUCGCAUUCCACCUGUAUCAGCAAGUGAGUGCACAAGCGGGUGACGAAAAUGUAGCCCUUUCUCCAGUUUCGAUCGGUGCCUGUCUGUCACUGGCCGCCAUGGGAGCGGGGGGAGAAACGGCUGACGAAAUAUUUAGUGGACUGCGGUGCGGCAAAGCCGAUCAGAAGCAACAGGUUGCCCAAUGGUACGGACGGCUAAUGCAUCGGCUGGCAGAUGAUGAAUCUAUCGACGUAGCCAACAAGGUGUACGUUGCACUGGUUUUAGUAAACGGUACAUUUCUGUUCAGUAACAUUGUGAAACGUUCCUUCGAAGAGAUCGCCUCCUACAGCUUCCGAUCGGACGUCGAAAGGAUCAAUUUCGAUUGGAAUGAGUCCGCUGCAAAAUGGAUCAACAAUGGUGUGGCAAAAUAUACGUGGAACAAAGUUAAGGAUCUCAUCGAUGGCGAGGCGCUGGACAAUCUGACUCGUAUAGUACUAGUGUCAUCAGUACAUUUUCACGCGAGAUGGAAACAUCAUUUCGAACCAUUCGAUACCCAUCCAAUGCCAUUCUGGUUCAGUGAUACAGAAUCACGUGAUGUGCCGAUGAUGCACAUUGCAGAGAACUUUCUAUUCCGCAACUUUGAGGCCAAAGGAUUCUCCGCACUGGAGCUAGCCUUCGAGGGCAGUGACGUAACGAUGUUGGUGCUGCUGCCACACAAAUACGACGGACUAGCAGCAUUGGAGGAGAAUCUAGCGAGCCUUAACUUAGUCGAGCUUCGUAGUAAACUGGCAGGAGGUGAUGUGGCCGUCCAUCUUCCUAAAUUUAAAAUCGAUGUCUCACUCGACCUUAAGAACGUUCUGACAAUACUUGGCAUGAGACGAAUGUUCACUGAUGAGGCUGAGUUUCCUAAUUUGCUCGAAUCAAAUGAAACGUUCAAGGUUUCGAAGGCGAUCCAUAAAGCAUUCAUCGAGGUGAAAGAGGACGGUAUCGAGGCAGAAUACUUGCCAAGUAAGUGAAAUGGAACUAUGUUUUGUGCGGGACGGUACCCGACGCCACCGUUAUUGGUUUUCAAGGCAGAUCAUCCAUUUAUAUAUCUGCUCUCGUCAGAGGAUAAGGGCGUCUAUUUAAUUGGAAAAGUGACGAACCCUGGUUAA